AUUAUUAGCAGAGAAAUUACUUACUUAACAACAAUCAUGAGUACUUGGUUCAUUCUUUUGCAGGUUUUCUGCACUUUUGUUGUUUACUUGUAGAUGGUGCUAUAACACUGCCUUUCUACUGCUGGCAGACACAUCACAGUGUCUGCAGCUCUUCAAUGAUGACGCAAAAACACACAAGAAGCACUGCUUCACUUGUAUCCAUGUGUAGUUUUAAGACAUAAUGUUUAUAUUAGCCAGGUCUAAUAUAAAUGUAAUAAAUAUGAUGCAUUAAUUUGUACAAGUUUUUGGAUGGAUUUCAGUUUUGGAUCUAACAGAGGGGAAAAGGAGAAUGAGUGCAUAGUGUAACAUAAAAGACUCAGUUUACUGUUUGAGUCUAUUGUGGUCUGUUUCUAUGAGUAUUACCCAUGACACAUUGCUCCAUAGGCUGUUGACUGAAUCACAGCAUCCCUAAAUAAAUGUGCAGUGCCUGGCGUGCACAUGGCAGAAGUAAUGGGACAGAAAUGCAGAGGAGGCAGCAGUAAUUGUGCGUGUGCUGCCACAGCGAACAGAAUAAAUAUCAGUAGAAUAAACAACAUUUGAUUAAAAACAAUAGCAGUAACAUUCCACUGACUCUCACACAGAGAGAGUCUGGCUCUUCAGUUCAGGCUGGUGGUAGUGGUGGUGCACUGAGACUUCUCUGCCAAAAAGGAAUCAAAAAACCAUCAGAUGAUUCCUUCAAAACACCUGAAGACUUUGGGGCAAAAGCCUUGGGAGAGAUUCACCACAACAUACAGUGGUGACUAUAAGCCCUUCAGUGAGCGCCCACUACAGGUCAACCAGCUGAACCCCAGAACUGAAGCUAAACCUGAUCCUGCAUUGGUCAACCCACCACAGACUAAACGUGAAACCUGGCCUGUAUUUUAUCGAUGCUUCUACAGGACAACCAACAGCACCUAUGGCUCGACUUCCUGUGCGCAGCCUCCCUCGUCCUACCUCUUCCCUGCCUCCCCGUCUCCGUUCGGCAUCCUCGCACCUUCCGUUUCCGAGGCAAAUGAGUUUGUCGACAGCAGGGUACCGGAUGUGAGAGUUGCCAGGGAGAUGGGGCAUUUAUUUGGCGUGGGGGAGAAAGGUCAGCUGCACUGUGUGUGUGGUGGAAAGGCAAAUGUGUUGGAGCAGCAGGAGGCAAGAGAUGAUCCGCAGCAGAGGAUUGAUGUUCUCUAUGAGGAAGGUAUGAUUGUGUUGACAUCCCAUGUCGGUCCAGCCUGCAGCCAAGAUUUCCUCAGGUCUGUCUGCAGAGAAGCCGGGCUGCAGCACCUGCUGAACCUUCCUGUGGCCUCCAGUCCCAUUAUCACAAACACAGAUGAUGAAUAUUGGGAGAACAGUGCCUACUUGAGGGGCUUGAGACCAGCUGUCGGGCUGAAAAACAACACCUUCCCUCAGCCUACUUCCAGGCAGUGCAGUUGCUGUGCAGGGGAAGCUGAGCGCCCUAAAAAUUGCUGCGUUGAGAUGCAAACCUUCCCACCUCACAUCCCACAGGGCAGCACCCUGCCUCUGGCCCAUGUGCAGCCUACUUUCUACUGCACGGAGCCCAGCAGAAAGCCACUGCUGACAGAGUACCAAGCCAGCUAUGCUGCUGAGUGGCCCCAGCCUAAGAUCCAGCUGACAGACUUUCACCUUCGUCAGCUUCCUUGUCACUGGAAUCCUCGUCCUUCACUCUGAGUAUCAACUUCUGUCUCAAUACACAGCAGUUUAAAAAAACAACAAAAAAAAACAAGUGUGUGUUAAAAGUGCUGCUUCUUAAUCCAA